AUGACCGUAUCUUCCCCUCUGCCCGCCCCGCAUAGGCGCGCAGCUGUGCUGCUUCCGCGCCCCUCCAUCCGUGCCUCAGGAAGUCGCUCGCUUGCCUUGGGCUCGCAGCUGCUGCAGCCCGUUGCGGCGGUGUGUGCGACCAGGCGUGGGCUGCUGUCGUCGUUUCUACCAGUGCACCACGCCUCGCCUGCCUCUCAGGUGCAUGCCACCUCCACUCCCCCCCUCUCCCCCUCAUCCCCGUUUCUCCGACCCUGCCUCCCUUCCUCCUUCCGCUCCUCAUCCCUCUCCAAGUUAAUUGCUUCGCGCCCCGGGGGCUCAUUCGCCCUGUUCGGUCCGCUUAAUUCACAGCCGGCGUGCGGCGCGCAGCCGGCCGUGUCAUUUGUAUGUAUUAACGGCGUCUUUCGCUCCCCUGAAUCCCCUGCUCCCCGCCUCCGUUUGUUCCUCAAUCAGCGCGUGCGCGUCGCGCCAGUCCCCGUCGCGGCGUCUCCCGCGGUGACAGCCGCCAUGGCCUCCGCGGAGGCCGCCAAGCGGCCGUUCGUGGGCGACCUGGGAGUGCGCAGCGGGUUCGUGGACGCGGUGGGCAACACUCCCCUCAUCCGCCUGAACCGUGCAUCACAAGAGACCGGCUGCGAGAUCUACGGCAAGGCGGAGUUUCUCAAUCCGGGAGGGUCAGUGAAGGACCGGGCAGCACUGUACAUUAUCAAGGCGGCAGAGGCGAGUGGCGAGUUGAGGGAGGGCGGAGUGAUCGUGGAGGGCACAGCGGGCAACACGGGCAUCGGGCUGGCGCUGGUGGCCAAUGCACGCGGGUACAAGACAGUCAUCGUCAUUCCAGAGACACAGAGCCAGGAGAAGAAGGACAUGCUGCGCAUUGCAGGAGCCACGCUGGUUGAGGUGCCAGCAGUGCCAUACAAGAACCCCAACAACUACGUCAAGUACUCGGGCAGGCUCGCUCAAGCCAUUGCCAAGACCCAUCCAGGCGGGGCCAUAUGGGGCAACCAGUUUGAUAACACAGCCAAUCGCCAGGCCCACUAUGAGACAACGGGGCCGGAGAUCUGGGCGCAGACGGAGGGGCGAGUGGACGCGUUCAUCUGCGCCAUUGGCACGGGCGGCACCCUCGCUGGCACCGGCAAGUACCUGAAGGAGCGCAAGGCGGGUGUGCGGGUGGGCAUGGUGGACCCUAUGGGCGCCGCCAUGUUCAGCUACUACAGCACCGGCACGCUUGAGGCCCACGGCUCCUCCAUAUCAGAGGGCAUAGGGCAGGGGCGCAUCACAGGCAACCUGCAGGGGUGGGGGCUUCCGGAGAGAGAAGGGGGAUGCGUUGACUUCUGCUGCCAGGUGGAGGACGCGGAGGCGCUGCCAGUGGUGUACGACCUGCUGCGCUACGAGGGGCUGUGUGUGGGGCUGUCAUCGGGCAUCAACGUGGCGGGCGCCAUGCGCCUGGCGCGCGCCAUGGGGCCGGGCCACACCAUCGUGACGGUGCUGUGUGACCUGGGCACGCGCUACCAGGGCCGCCUCUUCAACCCGCCCUUCCUCACCGCCAAGGGGCUGCCCCUCCCCGCCUGGAUGGACAGCGAUGCCCAACCUGCUGUGGCCGUGCCUCAGGUGUUCCAAGAGGUGGAGGCGUGA